AUCUAGUUAUAAAAAUCCUCCUAUAAAUAAUACUGUUUAAAACAAGUGAAAACCCAAAAUGGCGUCUUCGAACGGGAAAGAAAGUGCAAAAGUGACAGCUUCGAUAGACAGUCUGAAGCUUUCAAGCAAGAACACAUCAGUAUGUUCAUCAAAACACGCAUCCUCAGAGUCAGUCUUGUCAAGAAAGGACAAGGAAUGUCUACAAAUGCAAGAAUGCAAGAAAAAGCUUCUAGCGAUGGAACCACAGAUUAUCAUAAGGGACGAAAAUGUGGUCCUUCGGUCCCCGCCGCAGAAGAAAAUCGUGAUGCCACCGACCAUCAACGCGGAGGAGUUAGCAGCAGCGACGCCGACGCAGCGCAACUGGCGCGGGAUCCUGAUCGCGCUGCUGGUGAUCGCCGCGGUGCUGGGGCUCAUCGUGUUCAGCAUCGCGUUGCUCACGCCGGCCGGGGACGGGGGCAGGGUGCGCGGCAGGAAGCCCACGCUGCACGACGUGCUAGGGGAACAUUACAAGCCGUUUAAUGGGACCUGGCUGUCUGAUGAGGAGCUGGUCUUCCGAGACAGAUGGGGCGGCCUUACGUUGUUCAACGUGAAGAACUUCACCACACGGCUUCUCAUGAACAACUCUACAUUUAGAGAACUGAAUGCGGUGGACUUCAAAGUGUCGGCGGACUUGAAGUUCGUGCUGCUGAUCUCUGACGUGAGACCCGGGUGGAGACACGCGCGCCUGGCGCGGUACCACGUCUACGAUGUUAUUAACAGAAACAAGAUCUCGGUGUCUCCUAUAGAAGAUGAUCGCUCCGCUCCGCUCCUGCAGUACGCGGAGUGGUCGCCCGUCGGCUCCACGCUGGUCUUCGUGCACGACAACGACAUCUACUUCAAACCCAAAGUGUUCAAGACGCUCGUCUGCAGAAUUACUAAUAAUGGUAUACCAGGGGUAAUCUUCAACGGCGUCCCGGACUUCCUCUACGAGACGGAGGUCCUCCGGCUGGACAAGGCGCUGUGGUUCAGCUCGGAUGGCCAGACCCUCAUGUAUGUCACGUACAACGACACCCUGGUGCAGCAGCACAAGUACCCCUGGUACGGGCUCGACCUGCAGGAGCCGCCCGCGUACCCCACUAUACGGUCACUGAGGUAUCCUAAGGUGAACACCAACAACCCAGUGGUGACUGUGAACGUGGUCAGCGUGAAGACCCCGAAGUAUCUGUUCUCUCACGCGCUGCAGUUCACAUCACAGGUCGACGACAGUUGGUACGUGAGGUGGACGGGCUGGACGUCGGAGAAGCAGGUGGCGGUGCUGCUGCUCAACCGGCCCCAGAACGUGUCCAUCAUCAGCAUCUGCAGCGCCGUGCAUUACAACUGCCAGGAUAUUUACCGAGACGAGACCGACGGUUCUCGCUGGUCGGGUCUCGGCGCCGAGCCAGUGGAGGACGACUGCGGCUGGUGCGGCAGCAUGGCGCUGGUGGGGUCCAAGGGCACGGUGUUCACGUCCAUGCCGGUGGCAGACCCGCCGCCAGGGGGCACUGGCAGUUGGUGGAGGCACGCUGUCAUGCUCACGCAGGACUCCCGGACGCCGCUCACUAUGGGCAGCUAUGAGAUCACGCAGAUACUAGGAUGGGAUGAGCGGAGAAGUAUACUAUACGUGUCCGGCACGGGCCCGGGCGCGGCGGGGUCGCGGCACCUGUACGCGGUGCGCGUGCGCGGCGAGCCGGCCUGGGCGCCGCCCGCCUGCCUCACCUGCGCCAGCCCGCCUGAGCCGCCGCCAGACAUCGAUACCGAUAAGCCGGAGUUCGACAACUACACAUCAUCUCUCCCGGCGUGGCCCACGUCGACAGUGCUGCCGCACGUGGCGGAUGAGAACGACACGCUGCCCACCGAGUGCCUCUACAACAGGAUACUGUUCAGCAAGAACUUCUCUUAUUAUGUACAGGAGUGCCUGGGCCCGGGCCCGCCGGCCACGUUCGUGUGCUCGCUGUGGGGCGCGCGGCGGGCCGUGCUGUGGGACGGGCGCCCGCUGCGCGACGCCUUCGCCGCGCUCGCGCAUCCGCAGGUCAAGGACUUCCGCGUCGAGGUCCAAGCUUACCGCGCCGCCCGCGUCCGCCUCCUCCUCCCACCAGGAUUCAGAGAAACAGACGACUUACCACUGCCUUUAGUCUUACAUGUGUCUGCACAGCCAGGCGGUCAGCUGGUAACAGACAGAUGGAAGCCAAGUUGGGGCUGGUAUCUGGCUGCGUCCAGGAACUUCAUUGUAGCUGAGAUCGACGCGAGAGGAUCUGGAGGACAGGGUGAAGAAUUAAGAACAGAAAUCUACCACAAGCUGCUAUCAGUGGAUGUAGAAGAUCAAAUAGCUGUUCUGUCAUAUCUCCGCGAUAACCUGAAGAUGGUGGACGGUACUCGUGUGGGCGUGUGGGGCACGGGCUACGGCGCAGGCGCGGCGGCUGCGCUCGCCGCUGACGACGCUAGGAAUGUGACGCGAUGUCUUGCAGCUAUCGCACCGCUAACUGAUCUGAGACAUCAUAACACGUACUGGACGGAGCGCUACAGCGGCUACGGGUCGACGUGGGCGGGCACGCUGGGCGUGAACGCGGUGUGGCGCAAGGCGGGCAACCUGCCGCCGCGGCGCGUGCUGCUGGCGCACGCGGCCGCCGACCUGGCCGCGCCGCCGCACCACGCGCUCGCCCUCGCGCGCGCGCUCAUACGGAACACCGCGCUCUACACGCACCAGGUAUACCCCGACGAAGGCCACAACUUCGAGAGGUCGAGCAUCCACCUCCAUAAGACGAUGGAGCAGUUCUUCGACGAGUGCUUCGGGCCCGUGGAGGUCGCGGAUUGGGACACCGGCGGCGUCGGGGGCCUGUUCCCCUUCCGGGACUAGUCGCAGGACGAGGGGCCACGCGAAGCCUCUCCGUAGGUACUUCCAUGGAACCGGGUGGAUCAGACUUGGACGAAAUUUGAGAUAGACGAAUAGGCCGGUCAUGAUAGUCGAAAUCUAUUGGCCCUAAAGGACUCAAGAUUGUUAUUGUUUGGAUUCUUAGGAAUAAUCUUUAUUGCUCAUGCUAGAUUCGCUAAAUAAUUUAAGGCAAAAUAAUUUGCAAUUGUUGAAAUGGCUACAUACGUUCCCGUAAAUCCAUAUCUAUUAAGCGAAAGAUUUGCAAACGAUAACCCUUUAAAUAAAUCCAAAUCUAAUUUUUCCCCGUUCUUACAGUUGACGUAAAUAACCUAAUUUGUCUCGUUCCUAAAUGAUUCAUGCUAUCAUGGCCCAAAUGUCACUCACUUAUUUUUAGACAAAAGAAUUGCAUAAAAAGCACCGGCAGAGGUGAUGAAAACGCUUCAGUAGACCUUACCCAUAAAAACAAAUUACUAAUAUCCCAAAUUAUCAAGAAAGGGUUCAUAUUUGAGGAAAAAUAAACACCCAAAUAUGUAACGUAGUUUUAAAGCGCCCGUUUAGAAAAAUAGGAAUAUUGUAUCAGAUUCAAAAGGAUUUAAAUAUUGUAAAAGAGUUUCAGAUAGUUAGUUAUAUACAAUAGUUUAUGACGAAAACAAAUAUGAACUGAAUAUUUUGAUUCACGUGAACGGGUUCUCGAUAAAUAUAAAUGACAGAUGUGUAUAUCACUGGGUUGUUUAGAAAUGUGGAGGUUCGACCAUAUUUGUUUAUUUGUAAAAAGCCAAAUAAAGACUUCCAUAUUUGUUCGUGAAGGUAAUUUAGAAAAUGUGUGUGUCCCGGAGUUUUUCGCUAUAUUCCCGAGUCACCAAAGUAGUUUCCUGCGAAAUUGUGUCAUACAUUUUAACAAAUUUAAAUAAAUAGAAAUAUAGAGACAAAAUAAAACCAUGUUUCGACCGCCAUUAAAAUACGUUCAUUUCUCUAGUUAAACAACCUAAUAAAAAUUAUACAUCUUUAAGUGACAACUCUUUGUUGACUUCAUGAAACGCUUACUAGGAUGUUGCCCAGAAGAAAAUACGUUAUGUUUUAUUUUAAGCGGUGUUUAAUUAUUAUUUAAGAAAUUGAAACAUGGUUUUAUAGUUAUUAAUUUGGUCAGUAAUGGUGCAUAACUGUGUCGGCAGUUAUAAAAAAAGAGAAAAUCAUAUUAUAAGCCUAAAUACAUCGCUAACUAGAUAAAAGAGGUCAAACAAUAAAAUUUACGACCGUUGGUGUGUUACAAAUAUCGUAUUACAAUUAAUUAAUUAUGUGGAAUAUUCGUGAACCAUUUUGUACGAAAUUACUUUGCAUUUUUCUCUAUUUUACCUGUUUUAAAAGGUUUCAGAGGCUUAUUUAUUUAAACUGCGUUUUAUUGUUAACCUAGUUUGAUAUUUUUUUUAAAUUACACGUCAUUGAUUAUUUUUUCACGUACAAAAUCGUUCACGAAAUAAAAGGGGAUGAAAAAAUAUCCCUGAAAAUUUUCUUAUGAUUACUAUAAGGAGAAAAUAACUUAUUUUAGUGUAUCAUCUUUUAUCUAUCUAUAUAUUUCUAUGUCGCUUUCAAUGUCAAAGAAGUAGCUUUAAAAGUAAACUAGGCACUUAUGUCUAUGAGAUAUUUAGUUUUGACUAUUCUAGUCGUGAAAUCUAGUCACUUAGUCUAUUUAUCAGUAUAAUUUGGGCACAAUGUCUUGAUCUCUCUCCUUCGUCUUGCCUUAUGUGUUGUAAAAAUCAUUUGUUUCGAGGUGAGUCCUAGAAAGUAUGUCAUGUCGAAAUUAUGUGUUCCUAAUCAAUAAAUAGGUAUCUUAUCUAAAACCAUGAUUAAAAAGAUGAUAAUAUAUUAUCUGGGGACAGACUU